AUGGGCACCAACCCUUUGGCCAUUGUUAUGGCUGCCCUUUUCCUUGGGGCCGUGGUCCCUCGGAGUGCAGCACAGACAUUCUCCCCAAACCUCAAGUUCAACAUCUCGACCGACACAAUGUCAGGUAUCUUCAAUUGGGGCGUCCCCGAGUCUGCUGCACGCAACACCAAUGCCGGUUACAUACCUUGGCAAGUCGAGUACACGAAUGCCACUAUGAGCGAGCCUGGCAUGAUUGGUUCUGGCUACCCAUCGCAUGUUUCUAGUAGCCAGUACUAUGCGCCAGACCACCUCCCCAGCAUGACAUUUGGCUUCCCCGGGACUGGAUGGUGGAUGACGGGCCUCUGGGAUCCGUGGAACGCCAGCUCGUCGGACAAUGACAUUUCAAUUGACCUCGACAACUCGCAGUACCAACUGCAAACUCAAGGCCUCGUUCGCCCCCAGUUCGGCUGGGUCAAUGACCUUAGCUGGACUUACCACACUGUCAGCUACAAUGUCCGCACCGACUAUGUCGGUGGCGGCAAUCUCACCAUUGGCCAGUUGUGGAUGACGACAGGAAUGCUCACCGAGGCACCCUCUUUCGAGGAUGUGAACCGCUCCACCUCGUACUUUGUGCAAGACGGUCAGCUCAACCCGGAUUUCCUCUGGCAGGGCCAGUGGGACGUGACGACCCAGCUCGGCGGCGCAGGCAGCCAACCUGUCAUCGACUAUGUUCAGGCGGUAGGGGACGGCAACCGCUCCACUUCCGGCCAGGCCCUUGUCACCAUCCCCGUUCCCGCCAACACUUCGUUUGUGAUCUUGAACGGCACCAUGGGCCCCGACUACGACGAAUGGGCCAUUGAAUGGUCCCCAGUUCCAAGUCUUGGCCAGAGCCCACAGUACAUCAACCCGUACUCCAAGUGGUACGCGCCGGGUGUCAUGAUGACGUUUAUGCCACUGCAUCCGGCAACGCUUUACAACAUCUCGAUUUACACUCAAAACGGCGGCAAGGCCGGUGUCUCGAGUGUGACAUUCUUCUCUGGACUAUACGAUGAAGUCCUGACUCCAACAAUUAAGAGCCACCAUCGCAAGGUCGGCAUCAUUGUUGGUGCGACAAUUGGCGGAAUUGUGGGCGCACUCGUGCUUACCGGUCUCGUACUGUGGCUUCUUCGACGACAGAGACUGGCUGCAUCCCAGCGAGCCAAUAGCGCGUCCUACAUUGAGGACAAGAAGGAGGCCAUCGAAAUGUUCGAGUAUGCCUAUCCCCAGCAAUUGAUGUGGCAAGGCUACACCGAUGGCCAGCUUCAGAGCUCGCUCCCUGAGGGAGUUGCCGCUCUAACCGCACAGCGGCCAUCUGUCCCCUCGAUAGCCACCUCGUACCACCGCCCUUCCAACGCAAGCACCGGCGCCCAGGUGUCUCCGUCGACCAGACUGAGCCCCUAUACCGCCACCGCUCCCUUCCCACCAGCCCACCUGGAACGUGUACGGUCGGGCAGCGUGGAGAGUCAGGAGCUGAUCUACUACGGUGCCAAUGGGUCAGCCAGCAAAGGCAGCACGUCUCCAAAAGGCUCAUUAUCUGGCGCGAUAGACCCGGGCUACAUCCCUCCCCUCGUGGACGACGUAAAGCUGGCUCUCCUUCGCUCCCCAAACAUCGAGUCGCCAAGGUCUGGGUCGUGGGUCUCCCUCCCCGGGCGACCAGGUGCCACAUCUCCGGGAGUGUCACCCACGACACUGCCCGCCACAGAGCUUGCCGUGCCCCAACAAGCAUACUUUGGUGAACAGGAGAUCGAUGCCGGUGCGCUUGUGCCCUAUAACACUGUUCCACCCAUGUACGACCCGGCGUGGGCGCUGGAGCAUGGCACCGAAUACUCCUCUGACGCAGACUCGCGAUCCCAGCAACGCUUCUUUGCCGGACUACCAUCUGCCCCAUCCUUCGUCGACUACCAAUGGGGUCCACGGGGCGAAGACGACGAUGCCGAGGAGGGCGACAGCCAGCCGAGUGGGACGAGCCAAGCCGACGCCUCGGGCUUCUUCCCAGACGACUCUGGCGUGUUUGAACGUCGAGUUACCCACAGCCUCUCAACCGUCACUGAGGCAGACGGUGAGGUUAGCCCAGGCGGCUCGGGCUCGUCGGGCUCGACGUCACGUACGCCCCUCACUACUCCUGCCCCGACGGCUAUCCCUUUGCCCUCGAAGCGCGGCAUGAUCAUGUCCUUUUUCAGCACCACACCCACCGCCGGCACCCUGCCUCCCCUCAGCACGUCCGCUAGCUCGACUGGAUCGCAGACGCCCCGGCCCAUGAACCGCCGACUGCCCGACGUCGAAGGUGCUGCGGGCCUCAGCCGUUCGUGGGCCGCGCAGCAGCAGCGUAACCUCGGUGUGGGCCACGGCCACCAGCGCAAGGUCUCGUCAGACGGCGAGCGCACUGGUGCCGCGGCCACGGAACGUACCCCUCUUCUGCGAACUGGUCGCCCCACGUCUAUGGGCAAGCAGCGCAAUUGGGGCACAGAGCACCUUACGCCCGACGUGUCGCCUAACCGUACUGUCGGUCGCCGUGUGUCUCACGCGCGUGUCCGGGCCGCAUCGCCGUCGGGUCAGAGUGGCGAUGGCCAGACGCUCUUCAAUGCUAUCGCCGUGCUCGUCGGUGUCGGCCUCUUGUCCAUGCCGCUGGCAUUCUCGUACGCUGGCUGGAUCUGCGGCACCAUCAUGGUCGUCGGGUUCAGCUGGCUGACUUGCCACACUGCCAAGCUCCUCGCGCGCCUCAUCUUUGCGGACCCCACGCUCCACGGCUACACCGACAUUGGACGCAAGGCGUUUGGCAGGUGGAUCGGCGCAACAGUCAAUGUUCUGUUUUGCAUCGAGCUCUUUGCCUUCAGUGUCGCAAUGAUCGUGCUCUUUGGCGACUCACUUAGCGUCGCCCUUCCUGAACACUCGGCAGACACUUGGAAGAUGAUCGGCUUCUUCCUGAUCCUCCCCACAACUUUUCUGCCUCUCAAGCUCCUGUCGAUCCCAUCAGUUCUUUCGUCGCUCGCUACGUUCAUCCUCGUCGCAAUCAUUCUCUUUGACGGCUUCUGGAAGACCAAAGCUCCGGGGUCGAUCAAGGACCCGAUGCCGACGCGGUUGGGCCCAGAGAUGACCUCGAUGAACUGGUGCGGUGGCAUCGGUCUCGUGUUGGCCGGCUUCGGCGGCCACGGUGUCAUGCCCAACCUCGCCCGUGACAUGAAGCACCAAGGCAGCCUCGACAGGGUGUUCAACAUUGCAUUCUGCGUCGCUGCCACCGUGUCCUUCCUUGCUGGCGGAGCCGGGUACCUCAUGAUUGGCGACACAGUGUCCGACGAGAUCACACGUGACCUCAUGGAGCCCAUGUACGGCUACCCCAGGUUCCUCAACUACUUCGCGGUGUGGAUGAUUGUCGUCACGCCUCUGACCAAGUUUGGCCUCUGCGCGCGUCCGCUCCACAUUGCAGUCGAGGGACUCCUCAACCUCGCUCCGGCCCCCGAGGUGCUCGCGCCGCCACCAACCCGCCCACGCCAGGCGUCGUUCUCCGCCGCCAUCGGCUCUGCCAUCAGCCAGACUCUCUCUGGUGUCGGCACGUCCGACUAUGUGCCCACUGACGACGACGUGUUCGGCGACGACCUCCCCAAGGCGCCCAUAUCCACCGCCGUCCCUCUCAACGCCCACGACACCGCCAAAGAGGGCAGCAAGGGCCUGUUGCGUGUCGUCAGCCGCACAGUCAUCACCGCGGCGUGCACAGCCGCCGCCAUCCUCCUGCCUGGCUUUGAAAAGGUCAUGGCGUUCCUCGGCAGUUUCUCGGCCUUCCUCAUCUGUAUCAUCCUGCCCAUCACGUUCUACCUCCGCCUCGCGCCCAUCCUCAUCAAGGACGGCGACGUCAACUCGCCUGGUCACCGGUUCCAGCGGUACAUGCACCUCACCAUCCUUGUGGUCUCCACCAUCCUCAUGUGCAUGGGCACCGUCUGGGCCUUCCUCCCUUCGUCAGGCCGGCACCACGACGAUUUGUAA